GAGGACAUUGGUCAAAUCUCCUUGCAAAGGGACCCAGACAUUCCAGUGUCCUCGGCAGUUAUCCGUCGUUUUCAGUUCUUAACCUUAUUUAGUCCUUUUUUAGCAGUUUUAAGCGUUAACAUGUUGUGGAAUAAUUUUGAAAAAUGUGGAAAGCAUUUUUAAAUGCGAAUUAUUAGUACUUGUAUAGCUUCAUGGUCACUUUACAUUUGUAAGGCUGUUAUAUCAUUUUCAGAGCCGGUACAAUAUAAGAUAUUAACUGUUAAAUAGUAUGUAAUGGUAGUAGCUAGGUACAAUUUAAGUAAUAGCGAACCGUUAAUAUUUGGGGGCGGACCGAAUCUAUGCGUCAUCUGAUCCAGGCAAACUUUGGAAGGAGUCGAGGUAACGUGAUUGGUCUGAGGGCGUGUCCAUCAUGCUUGCGGGGGCGGGGCCGAGAUGAGACAGCAAUAGGGAUUCCCCCCACCAGCACUGCCCUUUCUUCUGUUGCUAGGACAAUUAUUUAAUGAGCAUUGUUGUUGUAGUGGAGCGACGGGUCAGCAUGAUCAUGUACAUUUUCCACUUUUGAGAAGUAAAAUAAACCGUUUGAAGGACGUCUGACGAGCGCUGUUUUCCAAAACAUGCGGAAGGGUCUUAUUAAAGGUUCGUUAUCACUUCGGGACUAAUAACUUUUCUUUAUCCUGUGGACUGUCGAUACGUGUAGGGCAAAUGAAAGGUGUUUAAAGAAUUUUUGUGGUCAUUUUUGUUGGGGAGCUUCCGAGACACCGAUGGAUCGGACGUGAGUAGCCGACUUUGAUGUUGUAGCUGCACGCGAAGGACACGGCGGACUGUCUACAUUGUUUCUUUGUUGAUAAACACAGACCUUUUGCACAUAAGAAGCGCCCCCGUGUUAUUGAUGCACCCGUCCCAGUGGUGUAACGGGUGUUUCUGCAGUCUGGGCCUGAUUUCCGCCAAUAAAUCGUGCACCAUGCCUCCCAUCACUUUCCAGGACCUCCCACUGAACAUCUACAUGGUCAUCUUUGGCACGGGAAUCUUCAUCUUCAUCCUGAGCCUGAUCUUCUGCUGCUAUUUCAUAAGCAAACUGAGACAUCAAGCUCAGAGUGAGAGGUUUGGAUACAAGGAGGUCGUAUUAAAAGGAGAUGCAAAGAAAUUAAGUCUACAUGGGCAGACGUGUGCAGUUUGCCUGGAGGAUUUCAAAGUCAAAGACGAGUUGGGGGUGUUACCAUGCCAACAUGCAUUCCACAGGAAGUGUCUUGUAAAGUGGCUGGAGGUACGCUGUGUCUGCCCCAUGUGCAACAAGCCGAUCGGUGCCCCCCCGGAGCAGCACCAGAGCAUCGGGACAUUGCUGGAUGAGCUUGUGUGAUCUAGCAGCCCCUUGGGGUGAACAAACUGUACAGAUACAAGACAGUCUCACAUACACACUGUCCAAUGUGGUUUAACGGUGCCUACAUGUCAGAUAAGUUUAAUACAAAGCAGGAGGAGGGAGGGGUGAUCGGCCCAUUGAAAGGCAAGAAAGCCUGCGAAGCAGAAGAUGUAGGUUGAGGGUGCCAGAUGUGAUCUGCUCUGACAUGGAGCCGAGCUGGCCGUCUCCUGUGUCUUCUGGAGCUGCCGUUGAAAAAGGGCACACAGUCUUACAAGACAUUCCAACGUGAGAUUUUUGUAACAUUAGAGUGAACUUUAAGUGUACCAUGUGACUGUAUUUCUUUGCCGUAAUGUCUGUGAGAACGCCGGCCACUCCGAUGAAGUCUUGCAGGACGGAAAGCAGUGCAAAGUUUAGACAUUCGUGUUAUUAUUUACCUGAGAUUCCCCUUUUGGAUAUUCUGUCACACUGCACUGUCAGGCUCGAGGCAUCUGCACAAUGUGGGGAGGUUAUUUCAGGCAACAUGCUAGGGAAGAUUUUGAAACUGGCUGUUUCAGGGGCACUGUCAUUGUGGUCUGUGACACUGCCUUUCAGCGAAUGACAGCACUCCGGUCCCACACUGGUUUUACAUGAUGUGCAUACAGUAAAGUUUUAGGCAGUGGAAAAUCUUCAAAAGUCAGCAUAUUAUUACAAAUUAAUGUUGGUUUUCCUGUUCGUUCCUAAUCACACGGACUGAAGGGUUACAAAGUGAACACACUAAGAAUUUUUUUAAGUGCAAUGAUAAUCUGUGAAAUUAGUACAAGCAGCUCACCUGAAAUGAUUCAUUUCUAAAUAAAACAACACUGCCAGGGUGGGGACACAGAGCUGAGAGGCUGAGCCUCAGGGAUUUGUACUAUACAUGGUAUUCUAGGUGGCUUUAUGCAUUUAUUUGUAAUAGGUUAUACUACAGAACAUGACAAAGUGUAUUCAAUUUAUAUGUGACUGCCAGAAACAACAUUUCAUAAAUAAAAAUAGAAAGCUCUCAGAAGACACAGUCUUUAGGGGAAAUUGAUCGUUUCCAAAUAUAUUUCUAUAAUUAUCCAGGCCCUAAUAUGUAGUGACAUAAGUGUACAUUCAAAGAACUUAAGCAAAUGUUAGCCAGCCAUACCUGUAGAUAGUGACUUGUGUUAUUUUCCCCCCAUUUUCACUUUAUUGCUGUUGUCGCUUACUUGGAAGAUUUGACUACGCCCCGAGUACAAGUAAUUUAUCAUUUUCAGUGGAAACGUGUAUAUAUGUAAGACAGCAGGAAUGUUAUCGGCCAUGGAAGGAACAUACUAUUAGAUGUAAAUAUGUAAAAAAAAACAUAAAUGGCAGCAUCGAGCAGCAAGGUGCCUCACGUGUGUAAUGCAUGUAGUUUGUUUUCACCUUAAUUGGCCAUGUAGGCCAACAAACAUGGGAGAGUGUUUUAAACCUUGUGUAGGUUUGUCACUCAGUAUAUGUAUCCUUUAUGAUGAAUACCAUUUUUAUACAAGAGCAUUCUAAGUUAUUCAUUUUUUCCCUUGAAUAAAUACAUGAAAAAAAAUCAUAAA